AUGUCAAGCACGACCUCAACCCUGCCGGACGACGCGUUCCGAUCUUAUGUUUUGGACUUCCUCCGACACGUCUCUCCGGCUGCGCUCAACGUUUCAGGCACAGCCCACUCGGAGCUCGAGGCCCUUGCGGGCGAGUUCUUCGAGACAAGUCAAGACAUCCACAUGCAGGAGCUACUACUCGCCCUCCAUGGUCGCUACAAUUUGAUCAACCUGGGCUUCUUUGAGAAAUCUACUCUCGACGAAGUUGUCAUCCGUGUUCACCAGGCGCGUGGCAAGCUAGGCGGCGAACCAGGCAAAGGCAGCGGGUGCGGCAAAACCCCGAUUCAAAAUCCAACAACUCCACAGCAAGCACAGGCAGAGCCCCGGCAAAUACCAGUAAGGUACCCUAAAGCGGUGAUGGAAGACCUUGUCGGCAUUUCAUCGCAGUUUCCUGCUGAAGUCCCCAUGCCUGCGGAGCUGGAUCCCCGAGAUCUGGGCCUGAUGGGGGAGGAGGAAGAGAGCACCGGUGUCGGUGGGGAGUUUUUGGAGGAAGAGGAUUAUGUCGUGGGUUGGAAGACGGAGUUUCUCAUGCUGGAAGAUGGGCCGGUACUAGUGUACAAGGAGUCGCGCCAGUCGCACCAACAGGGAGAAACUGGGACAUGA